CCGUCAGCCGCAUUGGUCCAUACGGGUCUUAACACUAUCAGCAAGUUUUCUUUACAUCAUUGGAUGGACAUCGUUGUUAUUCGCUUGACUUUGCUUUGUAUUCGUAUCGUACUCAGUGUGCCCUGAUAAGCCCAAAUUUUGAAAAUGUUUCGACUUUCGAAACUACUACGGGCUGCCACUCAGUCUUCCAAGGUGGCUCAAACGCCAAAUAUUCGCCUUCUUAAUUUGCACGAGUACCAGUCGAAGCAACUGAUGGCAGACGGUGGGGUGACAGUCCAGCGCUUCAAGGUAGCAGAUACCAUCGCUCAGGCGCGCGACAUUGCCCAAAACACGAAAUACGAUGAGUUUGUGGUAAAGGCCCAGGUUCUCGCCGGCGGACGGGGCAAGGGAACGUUUAACUCUGGCUUGCGCGGCGGUGUAAAGCUGACGAAGAACCCCGAGCAGGUUGUUGAGUUUGUCGAAAAAAUGCUUGGCUACCGGCUGGUUACGAAACAGACAACAAAGGAAGGCGUGAUUGUAAAAAAAGUGAUGAUUGCUGAGGCAUUGGAUAUUAAGCGUGAAACUUACUUAGCUAUUCUUAUGGAUCGUACGUUUAAUGGACCGGUUGUGGUUGCGUCGCCGGCCGGCGGAGUCGACAUUGAAGAAGUUGCUGAAAAGAAUCCUGAGCUUAUCUACAAGGAAGUCAUUGAUAUAGAGAAAGGCAUCCAAGACGAGCAAGCCAUAAAAAUUGCCAGGAACCUGCAAUUCGAGGGUGACAAUAUCAAAGAUGCCGCUGAACAGAUCAAAAAGCUUUAUGCUGUGUUCCGUAAGGUAGAUGCUACAAUGGUGGAAAUCAAUCCUUUUGGCGAGACCCCCAAUGGAAAGGUGGUGUGCUUCGAUGCCAAGAUCAAUUUCGAUGACAAUGCGCAGUUUCGGCAGAAAGACAUUUUCGCUCAGGAAGAUACCACUGAAAGUGACCCGCGCGAGGUGGAAGCAGCGAAAUGGAACCUUAACUAUAUCGGUAUGGAUGGAAAUAUUGCGUGUCUGGUAAACGGAGCCGGUUUAGCAAUGGCGACGAUGGACAUAAUCAAAUUGCGCGGUGGAAACCCAGCUAAUUUCCUUGAUGUCGGCGGUUCCGUUGGAGAAGAGCAGGUCGCCGAGGCAUUCCGUAUCCUAACUCAGGAUCAGAACGUUAAAGCUAUCCUUGUCAACGUCUUUGGCGGUAUUGUCAACUGUGUUACUAUCGCUAAUGGAAUUAUAAAUGCAUGUAAAAAGAUCGCUCUCACCGUCCCUCUUGUUGUUCGUCUCGAGGGCACUAAUGUCGAUGCUGCCAAAGAACUUCUGACCAAUUCAGGCCUGGCUAUCCACUCAGCCAACGAUUUAGAGGACGCGGCAGUCAAAGCGGUCGCUAGCUUGCGAGGUUAAAAUCGCUCACAUGCCCGGUGCGGUACCCUGCAUAAGUGUGAAGUUAUGCCAAAUGCAAUAAGCCAGUCUGUUAAACAUCCUGAUAUAGGCCAUCACAAGGCAGAUGUCCGUAACACACAGUUCAAUUUAAUUUCGCAUUUCUAUCAGGAAUAAUAAUAUUAAACGUUUAACGAGGUAAAAACAUAAAGGUACCUGACGAUCAAGUAUUGAGGUUUGUUAUAAGCCUUGCCUAUGAUGGUAGAUUGAUUUUAUUAUUGUAGCAGUAGUACAGUCAGUAUCGAUUAGAAUGACUUACCGAUCCGUGAACGUCAGAUUUCUUCUGUCUUCUGUCUUUACCGAAUGUUUUAUUAAACAAUGCGAAAGGAAGUGAAUCUGUAAACAGAGAAAGGUGUGCUGAUAAUAACAUAUGACAAUCACACUGCAUCUUUUUUCAUAAUAAGGCUUUUUAUGUCAGGACGGAAACAAUGAACAUGACGUAGCAGGAAAGAAUAUAAAUAUAUAUAUAUAUAUCUCAACUACAUGAAAAUUUUAUUUUUCUAAAAGAUAUUCAAGCAGAAGCAAAGCACCUAUGAGAGAUGGGACAAUAAGUAAAAGAGUAAAGAAAAGUUUGUACAGUACGACUGCCGCUUAUUAUAAUUAAGACAUACAAGAUCCAACCGGAAAACAGGAGGUUAUUACAAUAAAGUAAGCAUGCAUUAUGUAUAUAAA